AUGGCGGCUAAGAUUGGAAUGUCGAGCAUGACCCUCCUGGUCUUAUUAAUGGCGUGGUCGACCGGUGCAGCUGAUCACGAGGGUGCCAAUAUUUCAUGUCCAAUUGGACGACUGAUGAUGGCACCCUGCGAACAGUAUCUUCUCAAUCACAAUGUGCCGACCCCGGGCAACCUAUGCUGCAGCGCUGUGAGGAAGUUGGAUUCCAUUGCGGCUGCAAAAGAAAAUAGGCAGCGACUGUGCGUUUGCCUCAGGGAUGGCCUCCGAUCCGUCUCCGGUCUUAAUUUGGCUCAUGCUAAGGCACUUCCAACCAUGUGUGACCUCAUGUACCUUAGGUUUGAGCCAAAUGCCGUUUGCAAGUGA